AUGGAGGCGGCGGGAGGAGCAUACGGUGCGCAAGAACCGGGCACCUCGCCGGCGGAAGGAGGCAGGGAAGGAAUGCGGCCGCAGAAAACUAGGAAGAGAAGGUCGUGGACGGCGGAGGAAGACGCUGUGCUGGCGGCGCACGUCCGGGCUCACGGCGUGGGAAAAUGGGAUGCGGUGCCGAAGAGCACCGGGCUGGCGCGCACCGGCCAGAGCUGCCGGUUUCGGUGGCUUAACAGCCUCCGCCCCGGCCUCAAGGACGACGGCAUCGCCUUCUCACGCGACGAGGAGAUCCACCUCUGCCGCCUCCAUGCGGCCCUCGGCAACAAGUGGAAUCGCAUCGCCGCCGAAAUGGAGGGCAGAUCGGAGAACCAAGUCAUGCACUACUGGUUUUACUACGUCAGUCGAUGCCAACAGACCGGCCUCAACGUCUACCCUCCGGAGGUGCAACAAGCCGCCAACGGACAAUCUGACCUUCACCAACCACAACCCAAAAGGCACAAGAGUCAGACUUCUUCGUUACCGCAACAGUUUCCGCCGCGGGCGACGUAUCUGGUUCCUGUAGGCUAUCCCAAUUAUCCCGUCGUCCCCACUCAUCUUCCGCAACCAGUAGGUGCCGUUUAUCCAGUGAUGAUGACAAUCCCUCCUCCUCCUCUGUCGAUCAUAGCUGAGUAUCGUCCACCAUUCAAUUCUAAUGAUAAUAAUAGAAAUAAUCUUUAA